ACUAGCUAGGUAAUAAAGCUGUAUUUUUCAACAAUACAAUCAACAUGGAAUUUUUGGUAUUUUUCAUAAUAUUUGUAUCUUCGUUGGAUUCGAUAGAGUCUCGUUAUGCACUUGUUAUCAAAGAAGCCUUCAGUUGUAUGCAAAAUUCCAAGAUUAACAUAGUUAUGUAUAAAAAUUCCUCAAGUUUAGUAAAAAAUAAUGUUGGGUUUGUUGAAUUUUUAGAAGCAAUUGAAUACAAUAAAUUUCAGGUGAGAAUUGAGACCCAUCACAAAGGUAUAAGUAACUCAAUCAAGGUACCUUCAUUAAAUGUUCAGAGAACUGAUCUUUGUGCACAUAUAUCAACAGAUCUGUUAUUUGUACCAUUGGUUCGACAAAUUUUUGAUUUAGGAAAAUGUCCUAUUGCCAAAGGUAAACACAUUGUUUAUAAAGAUACACUCGUUUCAAAGUAUCGACCUUACAUUCCAUUUGGCUGCUGGAUACUUAUAACUAGAAUCACCAAAAAAGAUACACAACCAUUUUCGUGUUUUAACAUUACACUUCAAUCAUUGCCAUCAUUGAAAUCUGAACCCUACCAGUGUACAUGAUUGUAUUUAAUAUGUAUUUGGUAUUUUACAUAAUAUAUCACAAAUAAUCUUAUA